AUGCAAAGUCAGUUCAGCUGCACCCUGUUCUUUGAGAAAUCAUUAAAUUUUCUACAAACAGCAGUGAAAUUUGAUUGCAUACUAUUAUGCAAAUUUUGUCAACUGAAUGCUAAUCAUAUUGUCUAUCCAUUUUCACCCCUCUACUACUUUUGCAAAGCAUGUUUCAACGAGUUCUUUUGGUUUGAAACAUCGGUUUCUCUACGAAAACAAACUGGUAGAUCAUUACAAAUAUAUUAG